AUGCUCGAAACAAAACAGAUUGUUAAUCACAGUUUCAAACUUCAUGUGAAAGUAUUGACUUUAAUCGGCCUUUAUCCUCCAAAAAACCACUCAAUUCUAUACAGUAUAUAUUCAAUUUUCUUAUUUCUUGCAGUAUUUGUGCCUGUCUUAGUACUCGGACUGCCUAAUUUUUUCUUCAUAGAAGACGUCACCUCUAUCGAUUUUAGUGAUUUUGUGACCGUUGGAAUUAUUGUUUACUUUUUUAAGAUAAUGCCUUUUCUUACAAGUAUUACCAAAAUCCAAAAUUGCAUCAAUUAUUUCGAUACUUUCAAGUACCGGGUCAAAAGUGAAGAAAAAAUCAUUGAAGAUUGUGUUGGUAGCUGUCGUCGCAAUACAAAUGUAUUUUUGAUCGGUUGUUGUGUAAGUUAUUUGGGUUUUGUUGCACAAGUUCUUCUAAGAGAAGAGCCUGAGAAGUUGCCACUGAAAUUGUGGUUACCUUUUACCAAUGAAGAAAAACCUUUAUUUUAUUACUGCAUUUAUUGUGCUCUUCUUUUGGCCAUUGGUUAUGCUACCUUGGCUUGUGGAGUGAUCGAUCCGAUGAUUGGGGGAUUGGCCUGUCAUGCCGCUGCUCAACUUCAACUUCUCAAAAGAAAUUUGCAAUAUCUUGAUGAGUAUGCGGAGGAAAAAAAUACAGUUCAGAGUAAUACUGGUAAAAAGGUGCAUGAUGUAUUUUAUGAAGAAAUUAUUGGUUGUGUUCAUCGGUAUCAACAAAUAGUAACUUUUGUUAACUUAUUUAAAAACUCUUUUUCACAAGUUGUCUUUAGCCAGUUAUUGGGAAGCGUUUUUGUAAUCGGUUUGUGUUGUCUACAAAUUGUUAAAAUGAAAGAGAUUGACGUAAAUUUUGUUAUAACUGUAAAUUAUUUUUGGGUCAUACUAUUUCAAAUAUUUUUUUAUUGUUACUACGGCACAAUGUUGAUAGAAGAGAAUUAUACAUUAACAAAUGCCAUUUAUAUGAGUAAAUGGUACGAGUAUAGUAUCCGAGAACAAAAGACACUUAUUAUUUUAAUGGAACGUUCAAAAAAACCUAUGAUUAUUACAGUUGGAAGAAUUUUAGAUUUGUCGUUGGACACAUUUACAAUGGUAUUAAGGCGAUCAUAUUCACUGCUUUGUUCUGUUUUGGCUGAUGUCGGUUUACCUCUCCCGGUGGGCGUUUUUGGGAGAUUUGCUUUGCAAAUUCCCAGCCCCCGGUGUUUAGAGGUCUGGAUUCUCCACACACCGACAGGUGGCGCUCUGCGCUACCACUGUCUCAUCUUCACCGGCGUAGUCGCUUUAAGACUCCCGAGGCCACAUCACACAUCGAGCUACACUGCACUGAUGAGCCCCAAAAGGGCGAAACCGGUCUGCAGUUUGCUCGAUCUAGAACCGUUGAGUUAUGAGUUCUUACAAGCAAUUAUUUAUAUGGUUUGUGUGGUCGUACAGAUUUAUUUCUACUGUUAUUAUGGAACUAUUCUUUAUGAAGAAAGCAAUAGUUUAAAUGACGCAGUAUAUAUGGGAAAUUGGUACAAAUAUGACGUCAAAUCAAGAAAAUCAUUAAUAAUUUUGAUGGAACGUACUAAGAAACCGAGUAUUGUAAGUGCAGGGAAAGUUUUACAUUUAUCACUAGUAACUUUUACAACUAUAUUACAACGCUCAUACUCACUGUUGGCAGUUUUGAAAAACCAAAGAUGA